AUGCAAAAUUGGGAAAUAAUAGACGACUACGAUAUUGAAAAGGAAAAUGAACACAAAAAAAAUAGCAAUAUCUUAUCAGAUUUGCUCAAUGAUUAUGAACUCGAAAACGAUUUUAUGAAAAAAAAUAUUGAUCAGCAGCUUGAGGAAAUUAAUCAACUUAUUAAAGAAGUUAAUCAAGAAAAGGUAGAUAUUUUAAAUUCUUUUCCAUCUUGUUCAUUGGCAAUAAUUAAAAGUUUGAUCAGAAACGAUGAUUUAGAUGAUGAAAAUAUGGAUAUCGACCAAAUGUCGCUCUCAAGCAGUGAGUUACAUUCCAGCAACGACUCUCCUUUGUUCGAAGCCCAAACAAAUAUGGACCUACAUCAAAGUCUCACUGACUCUCCAGGUAGCAUGAACAUAUCAGAUUUUCUCUAG